AUAAAACCACGGGUUGAUGAUUAAUUUACUUUUAAUGUAGACGUCUGUCUUUAAGUUAACGUUUCAUUUAUUCCUGUCUGAUUCUUACCAUUUUUUCGAGAGAAAAUUUGGAAGAUGAACACGCAGGACACUAAACAAUGGCCUCAGUAUUUAGCUGCUAUUACCGCAACACUAUCAAUGGCGAUCGCAGGAUCUCACAUCGGCUGGACUUCUCCUAGUCUCCCAUACUUAAAAUCCGAUGACUCUCAUCUUCCAAUGACCAACGACGACAGUUCCUGGAUCGCCUCCUUCUUCUUGCUGGGUUCGGUCCCUGGAAACCUGCUAGCAGCUUUUAUAGUUGACGUGAUCGGUCGCAAGCGAAGUCUUCUAGCUGCCGGACUUCCCCUUACAUUGGGCUGGCUCUUAAUAAUCUUCGCCCGUAAUGCUUACUAUCUCUACGCUUCGCGAUUUAUCAGCGGAUUUGGGAUGGGCAUCGUCUACGUCGUCUGUCCCAUGUACAUCGGCGAGAUCGCCGACAAGCGAAUCCGCGGGGCCCUCGGAACUUUUAUUAAAUUGAUGGUGACCUUCGGUGAGCUCUAUGCCCAUGCCGUUGGGCCCUUCGUAACUUUUCACGAGCUAGCCUACUCCUGCCUGAUAAUUCCCUUGGUCUUCUUCAGCAGCUUCAUUUGGAUGCCCGAGUCUCCCUAUUUUCUGGUGAUGAAGAACCAGCAUCGAGAAGCUGAAGCCUCUCUCAAGGCCCUUAGAAGGUACAGGACCAAAAAUGGACUUCAAGAGGACCUAGACCAGAUGACCAAAGACGUACUGAUGGAUAUGAACAACCGGGCAGGCUUCCGGGAUCUCUUUCUCAGUGAAGGCAAUCGCAAAGGCCUUACGAUCUGCUUCGGACUCCAAUUGAUCCUCCAAUUCAGCGGAAUAGCGGCGAUUGAGUCGUACACCCAAGAAAUAGUCGCACCAAGUGAAUCGGGAUUAGCUCCCGGGCUGACGGUUAUUGUCCUGAGCGUCUGCCAAAUGUUCGCUGGACUUGGAGCCGCGGUAAUGGUCGACAAAUUGGGCAGACGACCAUUGCUAAUGAGCACUACCUUCUGCGCGGCCAUUGUUCUGAUGAUUUCCAGCGCGUUCUAUGUCAUGAAAAUCGAAUUCGGUUACCCUUUGAAAGGGCUCGGGUGGAUAUUAGACGCCUCUGUUAUUUUGUACGAGUUUAUAAUCGCUUUGGGCCUGAACCCCUUGCCGUACAUGAUGUUGGGCGAGCUGUUUCCAACCAACGUCAAGGGGGUCGCAGUAUCGAUAGCAAAUAUUUGGGGCUCACUGCUAGCAUUUUUUGUCGCCAAAAUGUUCCAAGUUGUCACUGACACUUGUGGUAUGUAUGCGUCAUUUGCGUGGUUCGCGGCAUCGUGUGUUCUGGGACUUAUUUUUAUCCAGUGGUUUGUACCAGAGACUAAAGGUAAGUCACUAGGGGAGAUUCAAGAUGAGCUUAACUGUAGGAAAAAGGUCAAAACGGUUAUUCAGGAAAUUUAUAUUAAAACUAUUGAUUUUUAAAAUAUUUUUUAUUAGUGAUUUUAAUUGGAAUUUUUUAUUUCAAAAUUGGAUCAGAUAUUUUUAGUUAAAAAAGUUCGAUCUAGAAUUUUUUAUCAGAAAAUCAGAUUUGAAACUUUUGAUUAAACAAGUGGAUCGAAUAUUAUUAUUUGAAAAAUUGGAUCUGAAGUUUAUUAAUGAGAAAAUUAAAUCUAAUAGAUAUUAAUCAAUAAAUUAGAUCUACACUGUAAAAAAUCCGGAGUGAAUUCGGAGUGAAAUUAAAUCCGAAUUCACUCCGUUUCUCGGAGUUCCGGAGUUUUAAAAAAAAUCACUCCGCAUGCGCAGUGAAUUGGGAGUUUUUUUUAGUGGAGUGAUUGCGGAGUGACGCGGAUUUUAUUUCACUCCCAAUUUACUCCGCUUCGGAGUUUUAACAUUAAAAUUAAUUUAUAUUAAUUCAUAUUCAACUGCUGAACAGUGUGUGUGUGUGUGUGUGUGUGUGUGUGUGUGUGUGUGUGUGUGUGUGUGUGCGAGUAUGUGCGUGUGCGAGUUUGUGUGCAUGUGUGACUGCACGAGUACAAAUUUGUGCGUUCGGGUAGGUGUGUCGCGUGUGCGAAUGUGUGCGUGUGUUCGGGUGUGUGCGGACUUGUGUGUGUAUGUGCAUGUGCGUGCGUUUGUUUGGGUUUGUGUGGUUGUGUGUGCGAAUGUGAGUGCGAAUAUGUGUGUGCGUGUGUCCCCGAAUAUGUGUUUGUGUGCGUGUAUCAGCUAAUCAGUAAUAUAAUACGCGAGUUUUCACUUCGAUUAUAUUUAGUGGAGUUAUAUUUUAUUAAUUCUACCUUUAAAACUUCUCUCCGGAGUGAAUUUCACUCUGGAGGAAUUAAAUUAAUAAAAAAUUAUGUACUCCGCGAAAACUCCACUUUGGAGUGAAUUUCACUCCGAGGGGAGUGAAUAAUUAAAAAUUCAUUCACUCCGCAUUCACUCUGCGAAUUUUUUACAGUGUGUAAAUUUUUUUAUUAAAAAUUAGAUCUAAUAUUUUUAAUUAGAAAACUGAAUCUGAAAUUUUUCAAUUAGAAAAUUAGAUCUCGAAUUUCGUCAAAAAAUUAAAAAAAAAUUUCUUAACUUAAAUUUCCAAUAAAAAAUUAUAUUUCUCAUAAAAAAUUAAAAUUUCUAAUUAAAAAUUCCAAUUAAAUUACGUGCAAUAAAAAAUCUCAGUCCUUCAAAAAUAAAAGAAAAAAUAAAUAAAUAACAAGUUCACGUCAAAUACAUUAAAUUAUCAAAAAUUAACUAAGUAAUUGGUGAUAUCAUCAACUACUGGCUUUCUUACAUUAAACAAGUCUCAGUUGACUAUAAUAAAUUAUAUUUUAUUAAAAGCAUACAAUCAUCGAGGCCUACUUAUACCAACACCAUUAUUUGUUCAUGUUAAUUCUAUUAUUCGGCCUUGAGUAAUUUUUUAUUUAUUUUUUUUUCAUUUUAUUUUUCGUCAAUUGCGACAUCACGCUCAAGAUAAAAUUCCACACGUGGACUUGAUAAAUAAUAACAAUAAUAUUUACGUAAAUUAUUCAUAUCAAAAAAAAAAAAAAAUAAAUAAAAUCAAAUAGUUAAAUUAUAAAAUUCAGCAUCGAGGGUUAAAAAAACGAUAAAUGAAAAAAAAAGUGCUGAGCAAGCAUGACCAUCCUAUCUCAUCCCUUUUAAGCAGGGUGUAAUUAUUUUUGAGACUGAUAGACGAUACAAACUUAAAUGAUAAUUAAUAAUUAAUAAUUAAUCGUUAAGUUUUUAUAUUUAUUUAUUUAACAUCUUUGAUUAAAAGAUAUAAAAAAAAAUAUACAUAUAUAUAUAUAUCCCUUUGAGGCAGGGUGCAAUCGACUGAUUAUAAACCUUAAACGAUUAUGAUUGUUUUACGUUUUAACGUGACCCUGAUGCAAAAAAAAUUUAUUUUUUAUUUUUAAUUAAUUAAUUGUUAUCUCUAUAGUUGAUAAGUUUUUUUUUAUUAUUUAACUGCAAGACUCUCUACGAUCCCUUUGAGGCAGGGUGCGAAUUAUUUUUUUUUAUAAAUGAUCUUUAUCAAUUUUAUGAAAUUCGGUAGAAAGUUUGCGAUGGUAAAAAGGUAUAAUACUGGGAACCAAAAGUUUUUCUAAUAAAAAUGGCCUAGAUUUAUGAAAUACUGACUUAAUUUCCUGUAGAAUGAAUACCCGGAAGGCUAUGUUUAGGUAAAUUGGCCAGAAGCUCGAUAAAGAUGGGGUAAAAUGGGUUUUGGACAAAUUUUUUUUUUAUAAGGGUCAUAUUUGUAUUGUUAAAGUGAUUCUGAUAUAAAUUAAUAAUCAGAACGAUAUAUUUUGAUUAAACAUAUUCUUGAAUAUAUUAAAAUGGUUAAUUUGUGAUUAAUGAUGACUUUGUCUAAACAUAGUGAUGUGGGUACUCAAAUUGACGGAAAUUAUCUCACGAAUUUGGUAAGGCCAUUAAUAAUCCAUCAAAUUCCCACAACACCGAAAAAAAAAAGUAGUAAAUCCAUUUGUUACUGCGAAAUCCCUUUAAAGCAGGGUGCGACUUUGUUAUAAUAAGAAAAAUCUUUGUAUGUAAGAAUGCAUUUAUACAAUAUACAAAUAAAAGAAUAAUAAUGAUGUUUA